AUGGCAAUAUGGAAUAACAAUCAUUCUUUACUGCAUAUUGUUCCAGCAAUCAAGAAUCAUUCUUCAAUCGGCUACUUCAAUCGUUCUUGUACAAAAAUCCGAGCAAGUGUGUAUCCAAGAGAUUUUCAAAUGUUUGAGUCCAAAUUGAAAGAAGAUCAAGCUGUUUACAUCCGGUCCCCCACUAUCGCUCCUAACAAAUACACUUUUAAAAUAAGUGAUGUAACCUCCAAGUUAAAUUUGCAUGGAAGAACAACUGUUAACGAGUGUCUACACUUUCAAUCCAAAACAACAUAUGGAUUUUCUUUUGUUUCUUUUGAAACAAUUAUCUCUUCAACAGCUACAUCUAAUGAAUCAAUUGACAUUAUUGGUGAAGUUGUUUCAUUAGGAAAGCUUGAUUCCCGUGAUGUCAGCAAAUCUCUACAUAGACUGCCUUUACAAAUAAGAAACUUAGAAGGUUUGCAGGUUAACGUUACGUUGUUUGGAGAUAUUGCAUACCAGUUAAUUUCUUAUCUUGAAGCUCAUAAAGAAGUUGGUCGUGUGAUUGUCCUUUUGCAAUUUGCAAGAAUUAAUGUCUAUAACGCAACACCUUCUAUUAACAGUUAUUAUGAACAAACACGGAUGUUCAUAAAUGCUAAUCUUCCCGAAAUUGUUACAUUCACAGAUAGCUUGGUUGGAUUACGAGGACUUCAAAACCCUUCUGCUUCUUUGACUGUUGAAAGCUCUAAAUCAUAUUCGGAAUCUGAUGACUUUUUGAAUAAUUACAAAGUUAAAAAUGUUGUCGAUUUGAUAGAACCACAAGUGGUCGGCCAAUAUAUCAUUGUCGGGACCAUUUAUGGUAUUUGCCAAGAUAUUGAUUGGUAUUAUGAUGCGUGUACAAACUGUGGAAAGAAAGUUGAAACAAAAGAUGUGUUCAGUGGUCCAGAUAGUGGUGAUGCAAGUGUCGUUUUAAAAUGCAAUGGUGAUAAUUGUAAAAAUAAGAAGAUCUCUUCUGUUCCAAGGUAUAAAAUACCUAUUCGUGUGCAAGAUGAUUCUGGAACAAUCACUCUAACUCUCUUCGAUAGAGAUGCUUAUAGACUCGUCAAAAAACGCGCACGUGAUCUUAUAGAUAAAAUCAAACUGGCUGGGGAUAAUCCAAGAUUAUAUCCUUAUGACCUCAAAUGUUUGGAGCAUAAAAAGAUGGCUUUUAAGAUAGAUGUUAAUAGUUUUAAUGUAUCCAAUAACUACAAUCGGUUUGGGAUACUUGGCUAUACGGUUGAUAGUAACGUUAUCGAUGCUUUGGAAAAAAAGUUAGCUGUCGAGGCAGGUAGUCCUGCAAAUGCUGAUGAUACAGAAAUCGCAUCUCAUGAAGUAUCUCAAGAAACAAAGUCCUUAAAGGAUGCGAUAUCGCAAACAGGUGAUAAUUUGACCCCAACAUUGCCUGGCAAAUUUGAAGCUACAAGUCCGUUCAAGUAUAAUUCCCCAACAAUAGUAAAAAAACGAAAUGUUGGAGAUACCAUUGAUGUUGAUGAUUAUGAUAAUGUGAAUUCAUCCACCAAGGUCCCUCAAUUGAAUUCCAAAGUUGAUGCCAACACAGGUCUAUUAAUACCAAAGCUUGAAAAGUAA